UGCCAGCCCUCCCCAUCCCCGCCUUUCCGGGGCCCCGCCGCUGGCACCUCCCUCCCUCCCUCCGUCCCUCCCUCCCGCCUGGCCGCCCGCCCCGCAGAAGGAUGCUGAAGGAGAAAGGGACGAAGCGGCGCGGUGGCUGGUGGCCGUCGAGGGGCUGCUGAAGGCGCGCGGCGUGCGGGGGGCACCUUGCCGAGGGCGGGAUGGUGGUUUUCCUGGGCAGGAACUUGCCCUCCCUGCUGGCGCUCUUCAAGAAGAAAGGUGCCACAAAGUCUGACAAUGACAAGCGACUGAGUGUCCAGUACAGAGCAGGGACGGAACAGCCCGACAAUGUCUUCUUCCCCUGCAACCGCGCUCCCCACCUGGAGGAGCUGCACAUCCAGGCCCAGGCUGGGCUCAAGUCUCUGCAAAACCAAGAGAAACACAAGCAGACCAAACGGGCCUGGGAUCAAAGCGACACCAACAGCAUCCAGUCUUCCCGCUCAUCCACAGAGGGGGAUAACCUCUCGAUCCAAAGCAAGACUCCAUCGUGCACGACAGAGAAUUCAGAGGAUGCGCUUUCUGUCCGCUCGGAGAUGAUACAGCGGAAAGGCUCCACUUUUCGGCCACAUGAUUCAUUCCCCAAAUCCUCAAUGAAGGGCGAGAAGAGAAGGAGAGACCGGAGGACGACAGUUCUUGGCCUUCCCCAACAUGUGCAGAAAGAGCUGGGUCUGAGCAAUGGAUACGACGCGAAGAAACGUCCGGGCAGCAUUGCUGUCAGAGCCAGCCCCAGCCCCCAGCCCCCAGUGAACAGAGGCAAGGUCUCCAGCAACGCGAUCCACAUUCCCACAGUCGAUGGAAAAUUAGAGCCCACCGCUGGCCCUGAAGGGGGCGCUCAUGUCUCCCUCCAGACCUUGGAGCUGGAGGCAGCGGACCGUGCCCUCCAGCGCCAUAUUGAUUGUGUCUACUAUGAUGACUCCCUGCUGGGGCGCAAGACAGCAGCCAAGCUGUCCCCCUUGGUCAGGCCCAAGUCUCUGGCUGUUCCCUGGAUGACUACGCAGCCCGGCUCCCCGGACCUGAUGCGCCCUGUCAUGUCCAUCUCCCCUCAAGGCACGUACCUGUCCAAGAUUAUUCCCAAUGCUAUCUUGCCACCCAUGGUGGACGUCAUUGCCCUUUCCAGCAACAAAGUGCGCACACUCAGCCGCUGCAGCCUGGCGACAGCCAGCCCGGCCUCGGUGCGCUCGCUGGGGCGCUUCUCCACUCCCCGCAGCCGCGAGCACUCCUCCUCUAGCGACAACUGGAGCCAUUCGCAGUCCACCGAGACGAUUGUCUCCAACACGUCCACCAUCUCUUCCCAUGGGGGUACCAACAGCCAGAAAACGAGCGAGGCUGGGCAGGACAGGCAGUCUCGAACGAUGGCCAGGCCCGAUCUCGACCAGCUCAGCGCCUACAGCUCCGUGAGCGGGGCCAGCUCCAACUACAUCAAGGGUGCCCCCGCCUCGCCCCACCUCCUGGGAGUGCAGCCCACGGGGAGCAGCGGUCGGGCCUCACCCGCUUAUAGCACUGGGAGCAUGGCAGACGGAUCAGACACCAUCAGUGUUCGCAGCGACCGGUCCACUUCUCGCAGCGUUUCCCUCAGGAAGAUGAAGAAGGCUCCUGCUCCACCGCGGAGGACCUACUCCCUGUCCCAGAAGGCCCAGCAGCUGGAGGCUAGCGGGGCUCCUAAGGCAAUGGGCCUGCCCCCUAAGCCGGAACGCAGGCCCCAGCGAGAAAGCAGCGAGGGGUGGGCUGCAGUGCGGCUAGGAAGUCCUGGUUUGCCUGGGGAGGAUGAGGUCUUCUCCCCAUCCGCACAGAGCAAGACAAACAGCCUGGCCUAUUCUGCUGACCUCUCUCACACAGGCCCCCUGCCUGCUGAUGGGCAGCAGCUGUCCUCCAAGCAGAGCUCUCCGGACCACUUUGGCCGCACCAUGUCGCCCUCCAGUGGGUAUUCCAGUCAGAGCGGCACCCCAACCCUCCACACCAAGGGACUCCUUUCCCACACCUCCUCUCCCAGAAGCAAGAGGCCGCAACCAAAGAAACCAGAGAGGGUCUGUUCCCUGCAGUCCCCCGGGCCCUCCGUCUCCUCCUCCCUGACGUCUUUAUCCUCCUCUGCCUCAGAUCCAGCCCCUGCGGAGAUCCAGCCCCCUUCCGGCGCUGCUCCUGCUCCAAAUAAAAUGGACAGGUUUGUUAUCCCCCCUCACCCCAAGGUCCCAGCUCCUUUCUCCCCACCGCCCUCCAAGCCUCAACAGGCUGAGCCAAACACUGCCGAUAGCCAGCCCUGUGCUUCAUCCUCCACUAGCAAGGCUGGUUCGGAGCCGCCUGUGCUUUCCAAACCCAGCAAUGGGUCACCUCCUCCGUCUCCUCCUCCUGCUUACCACCCACCGCCGCCCCCAGUGAAGAAGGCUGAUGAGAGCCCUGAAGCGCCAAGCAUCUUGGAAACUGAGGUGGAUUCUCCUCAGGACACACUGUGGCCCCCACCACCCCCACCUGUGCCGGACGAGCACGAUCUCUCCAUGGCAGACUUCCCUCCCCCAGACGAGGCCUACUUCUCCUUGCUGCCUCUGCCAGAAGCACAGCAGGUUGCUGCAGAAAUACCCUCCGUUGUAGCCCCAGGGGCUCCUGCCACUAUGGAGUCGCCACCCAACCAAAGAGCAGUGUCUGCCGAAAAGGGCAAAGAGCCCGCCCCUUCGCCCUCCUUCUCCACGAUGGUCUCCUCCAAGAUUCAGCAGCAGGGAGUUCUAGAUGCUGCAUCACUGCCAGCUCCCACACCGGAGCCCCUUCCAUCUGCGAAGCCUCCCGUCAUGGGGGGAGCAUCUGGAUCUCAGCUUGGCCACCGAAAGGCCGCUGCCUCAGUAUCAGCGGCACCCCAGCCCUCUGGCUUGCAAACUCAGCCAAGCCUCAAGAAGCCGGUUGGCAGCUCCCGCCCGGAUCUGAAGAAGGAGCCCGCUUCCCGCAGUAAAAGCAACCCCAUGCCAAAGGAGGACGCCAGCCUGCCUAUCGUCACCCCUUCUCUGCUGCAGAUGGUGCGCCUGCGCUCAAUCAACAUGGAUGCCCACAGUCCUGUGGCAAACCCGGCUGCAGCAAAGCCGCCCGUCGAGCAGAACGGUACUGACCUGAGCGUCAAUGGCAAGCCGGCACAGGCCGCCCCCAAGAAGCCUAUCCGCAAGUCUCUGUCCUUGAAGGGCCCCCCAUCGGCUUCCAAAGAGGUGUCCCCUUCGAACCCUCUGCACAAUGCUGUGCGCUUGAAGGCCUCCACCUUAUCUUCCAGGGAUGCUCCUGGCCUUGGAACGGCGGAGAGGAAAGCCAGAAACCGGCUGACUCUGCCGACACCCUCCAAGGCAGCAACAGCUGCCUCUGGCGAGGCAAAAGAAGGCCAGCUGUCCCCCCUACACAAAUCCCCAGCCUCUACAGCCAGCUUCAUCUUUUCAAAGAGCUCCAAAAAGUUGGUGAUUGAGACCCCGUCAUCUUUAGAGGCCCAAGCCAACCUAAAGAAGAACCUGGUUGCCGAACUGAUGAAUGUCUCGAGCCAGCGGCCUGCAGCAGCCCUGGGAGUCAACCAACAGGGCUUAGGAAAGCCCCAGGCUCAGAAGAAGCCGCAAAAGAUCCCCCCUCCCAUAGCCAAGAAGCCUUCACUUGCACCAGGGCACCUGCCGUCGCCCCAGAGCCCGAAGCCACUGGGAGCGGAGGAGCUGAGCUCCUCCCUGUCUGCCAUUGAAAACAGGACUAAGAGUGCAGGGAGUGAGAACCCGGCCUCUCCCGUGGAGGAUGGUAGCAGAAGCCCUCUUGCAAGGCCGGAGAUGCUGCUGCAGAGCCCCCCAGCACAAGGCACGCAAGAGAAGACGGUGUAAGGAAAAAGCCUGCGUUACCCCCCGCAAGAUACAGGAAUGAAAAACAGAACACAAAACAAAUCUCAGGGACCUGAGCAGGCCAGAAGAGGAUCCCGGACAUGGCAGCGAGAAAGAAAAAACCGCCUUAGCCUCUGAUGGCCUUGAUAUUUAUGCAAAAGUUGUGUUGGUUUCACUUUCUUCAAUCAUACAGCUUUAUUUUACCACUUUAGCACACAGUUCCCUUCUCGGCUGCCCUUUCCCCUGUCUCGAAAGCUAAAGCCUUGAACAGGAUUUCUUGGCUGGGUUUGCUGGUGUGCCCAUCCUUUUCUCUCCCCCUUGGAGGGUUUUUGUGUGUGUGCGUGCAUGAAAAGAGAACUUUUCAACAGAAUACAGCUCCCCCCUUUCCCCUCUACCAUCUGCAAGAGGAGAGACAGGCAAACCUGAAACUGCCCGGUGUGUUUCCCAGAGGGAUCCUCCUUUUCUCUUUUUGGGGGGGUUGUGCCGUCAACUGGCAGGGGGUGGGAGAAAACCAUCUGCCAUCGGGCACCUAGAACUGUAAAAAACAAAAAGCACUUUUCAAAGCAAGACUGUACCACAGCAAGGACGGCUGUGUUGGAGGACUCCUGCUGGAUUUGCUGAAUAUUGGUUAGGCCCCUGAUCCUUUGUGCUUGCAUCUGAUGGAUUUACAAAUGGAUGCCCCUGAGGGCUCUGCUGGCUAGCCUUGGCAUUUGAGUGGACCACAGUGCUGUGCCGUGUAUAGCACAUGAGAUUCCUUUUUGCAAACCAGUCCCUGUUAUAAGCAGCUGAUUUUGGAGGAUACUACCCAACUCCAGCCUGAAUCUAGGCCUGAUCACAAGUCACAGUGAACACAUGUACAACCCAUGCGCGAUGUACGCUUGGUUUUUCUUUACACAUGCAUUGAGUAGUUCUCAUGCUCUAUUUAGUGCAUGUAUAGUUGAAAGUGUGAUUGAGGCUGUACCUUUAUCUAGGUAAUGGUCCCUAGUUUUAUUUGUAAAGUGAACACAUAUUGGCUCAUAAGAACAAGCCUGCUGGAUCAGACCAGAGUCCAUCUGGUACAGCUCUCUGCUACUCGCAGUGGCCCACCAGGUGCCUUUGGGAGCUCACAUGCAGGAUGUGAAAGCAAUGGCCUUCUGCUGCUGCUGCUGCUCCCGAGCACCUGGUCUGCUAAGGCAUUUGCAAUCUCAGAUCAAGGAAGAUCCUUACAAACAGGCAGGUUAUUUAUAUAUGUGUUCACUGUAACUUAUGAACAUGGCUUCUGUUAUAGCACAAAUUGGGGUACAGUUGCUGUGGGGGGAUGGGGAGGGGAGAUCAGAGGAGUAUAUAGAAAGGUACAGAAUUCUUCCAGUUCCCCCUCCAUUGGCUUUCAUGAAUCCAGUUCUGUUGCUACCUCUGAGAUGGAAACAUCUGGUGGGAGGAGAGGAUUGAUCCUUUGGGGACCACAUUUGAAUUCUUUUUCUGGAAGACGGGAGGUCACGAUGAGACACCUUUUGAACGUGUCUCCUUAAACAGGGCUAAGAUUCCCAAGCUUCUCCCCAGAGAGCUUCUGAGGAACUCCACAGGUACCCCAGCACAGUUGGAAGCCCACUGCUCUGAAGAGUGAACAUAGUUUUAGAUGCACCAGGAGCUGCUGCCCAUUCACUUUUGGUACCCUGGGGUGGUGUUCAGCCUGGGGAAGAGAUUACUCUCAGGCCUUUUCCUGUUCCCCUUCAGCCAGCUGAGUUACAAAACUGCCCUCUCCUCCAGUGCCUAGAAAAAGGCAGACUCUAAAAGGGUGAAUUUGGGAUUGCAGCCCUACCAAAAAAACCCCCUCAGCAUUCUGAGUCUCCCUGAUGCUGCCGCCUCACCAAGUGUGCCUGAGGAUGCAAGCCCUGCCAAGAGGGGCCCUCCCUAAGAAGAGAUGCUCCUGGCUGCCUGCUGGCAGACAGAAGACCACCUGGUAGAGGUCAGGGCAGCUGUGAGAAUGUCACACUUAGCAGAGGGACUUUCCAAGUGUACAGCUGAGCCUCGUUUUUCAAGCAGGCCGUUCCUCUUCUAGGCCAGACUCCACACUUUGAAGGCAGGAGAAGGGCAUGCUUAUCCUUGGGUUGGAUAAAAGCAUCUCAGAAGUGAGACCAAACCCCCUUCCCCCCUUUGCGCCUUUGUUUUCUGUUCUCUAGGAACAUUAGAUGUCAGAUUUCUAUACUUUUGAAAAAUCCUGGGGUCAUUUGCUUUUGAUUUCCAUGAUUGUAAAACAGGAAAUUAAAUAAAACUACCUUUGAGAAAGGGAGGAGUACGAAGAUGGCAAACUCCAUUUUAAAAGAAUAUUUGUAAAGAUGAAUGAUUAAAGCCUGCUUGCUGUCUCUUUUA